AUGACCAUAGAACAAACAUCGAUACGACUCCCCGUGGAACUCUUUUUGCAAAUCAUCCCAUACCUCUACAAUCACACGUCGCCCAGGGAAGAAUGGGACUUCAGUUACCCUUCAGAGACCCGAGGUCGCAUAUCUCCUUCCCUGCUUGCUUGCUCCCUCGUAUGCCACACAUGGAACGAUAUAUGUCGACCUCUCAUCUUCCGCUCGAUUCACGUAGAUUGCAACGAGUCCGUAGCUCGCAGCAGCUUAGACUUCCUCCAUUUCACAGCACCCCAUCUCUGCAAGGACAUCCUCGGGUUGCAUCUGGACUUGAGCACUGAAACAACAGAGGUCCCGCAAUGGAUAGAUGUCUGCCUCGGCCGCUUCACGAAACUCCGCGAGCUAGAGCUGCGAUACUGGUCAGAUGUGGAGUCGAUAUCGCGCGCAUCGUUACUGCGGGGAAUCACAUCGAUGCUUGCCGGCGCCAGCCUCAAACGCCUUGCCCUAGUAGAUUGGGCCAGGUCCGCCAACAAUCCCAAAGAUCUGCUUCUCAUCCUGUCGGCCUGUUCGGCUACCCUCGAGUACCUUAUGAUCGACAGCCUUCCGAGGGGGUCCAGCCAUACGACGCCAAUUGUCCCAUCGGUUGUGCGUAUGGAGGCUCUUCGCAGGAUAGAGCUAUACAAAUUCCCCACGCCGUUCACCCGAUCAAUCACCAUCGAGUGCCCGAACCUGGAAACCUUCGCCAUAUCAUGCAAUGAGCAGGUCCCUUGGGAGCUGCCAUCGUGGAUCCCAGAGCGCAUCCCUAAGCUCGAGCUACAAUCUACGUAUCGAUAUACCCUUCUCCAGUUCAGGUGGCCGAUAUACCCUUCCAGCCUGACGAUCCAGUUGAUGCCAUUUGGCAUUACGUGGCCACCGGACGACUUCCUCGCCCUCCUGCCGUUUUUCGAUUGCCUCCGCCACCUCACAAUCAAAGUCUUCAGCAGCGUACGCGCACUUCAGCCCCCGUUCCCCGAAUCUACGCACUACGAUGCACUAUGUCAUCUCUUACAAUCGCUUCAACGCCCGACACUGCUGAAACGCAUCAUCAUCACCGUCGAAAACCGGGCCCCCACGCCUCUCGAAGGAGAUGAACUGGAGGGGAUCAGGGUGCGAGAGAAUGCGAGGCUGGAGAAGGCGUUUGCGCCGUUUUUGAAAUCGGGGACAUUAUCGGUGCAAGUAGUGCUUCUGCAUUGGGGCGAGAGUGGGCGCGAGGUCCUCGUGCGAUGCGGUACGUAA